AUGGCAGCUACACAAAACGGGUCGAAUAUAACGGCGAACUACACCAACCAGUUCGUGCAGCCGCCUUGGCGCGUGGCCCUGUGGUCGGUCGCCUACAGUCUCGUGCUGGCGGUGGCGGUGUUCGGAAACCUGGUCGUGAUGUGGAUCAUUGUGGCUCACAAGCGAAUGAGGACGGUGACAAACUAUUUUCUCUUAAACUUGGCGUUUUCCGACGCGUCCAUGGCCGCAUUCAACACUUUGAUAAACUUCAUCUACGCCACCCACGGAGACUGGUACUUCGGAGAGGCAUAUUGCAAAUUCCACAACUUCUUCCCCGUGACGUCAGUCUUUGCGAGCAUCUACUCCAUGACAGCAAUUGCCGUUGACAGGUACAUGGCCAUCAUCCACCCCCUGAAGCCACGGCUGUCAGCAACGGCCACCAAGGUGAUCAUAGUCUGUAUUUGGAUCCUGGCUGUGGUGCUGGCCUUCCCCCUGUGUUUCUUCUCCACCAUCCUCACAUUGCCCCGCAGGACCAUCUGUCAUGUAGCCUGGCCCCGGAAGACAGACGACCCCUUCAUGUAUCAUAUCAUAAUCGCAGUUCUGGUCUACCUGCUGCCCUUGGUAGUGAUGGGUAUCACCUACACUAUAGUGGGGGCGACACUGUGGGGAGGGGAGAUCCCAGGAGACUCAUCUGAUAACUAUCAUGGACAGCUCCAAGCCAAGAGGAAGGUGGUGAAGAUGAUGAUCAUCGUUGUGGUGACCUUUGCCCUCUGCUGGCUACCCUAUCACAUCUAUUUUAUUGUGACUGGCCUCAACAAACUCCUGAUUAAACGGAAGUACAUCCAGCAGGUUUACUUGUCAGUGAUGUGGCUGGCCAUGAGCUCCACCAUGUACAACCCCAUCAUCUACUGCUGCCUCAACAGCAGGUUCCGGGCCGGCUUCAAGCAGGCAUUUCGGUGGUGCCCUUUUAUCAAGGUGUCCAGCUACGAUGAGCUGGAGCUAUGCACCAGGCGGCUACACCCAGCCCGCCAGAGUAGCAUGCACACACUGUCACGGAUGGAGACCAGCAUGGUGGCCUGUGAAAGAAGGAGGUAG